UUGACAGGUAAUAACAAUUUCAGAUAGGCAUAUAGUCCCUCUCUAGCUAUUGAUGAUUUUCACAAAUCUGAAUUUAAAAAAAUCAUUUAUCCUCUAAACUCAGCUUGAAAAAGGUGAGACCUCAGUCUAUUAUUUUUCCCCAAAUUUAAAAAAUUCUCCUUUAAAAAAUUUACUUUAAAAAAAUAAUUAUAUAAAAAAAAAAAAAAAAACAGUGGCGAAAUUCGAGCAAUAAAAACCUCGUUUCCGCACCGUCACCACCUCUCAACUUCAUCAACCUCAGCCUCAUUUCAAAGACUGCUACUUUGCACUCUAUUUUCAGACAAACACAAAAGCAUUGCCUUUAAAUGCAAAACAUCUCCGGCACCGUUUUUUUUUACCGUUAAUUUAUCUCCUAAAGGACCUCUUUUUCCCUGUGAAUCACUGCGAAGUGUUUCUUGAUGAGAUCAGACAUAAAGAAAAGAUUACAGUUCAUGCUGUAGCAUCCUUCCUCUAAUUGGGAGGUUUGGCACGUUAAGUCCAAGGGGAGAUUAACAAUCUUAUUAAGUGAGAUUCUGAGUAGAUAAGACAGUGCAAUACUGAGGGUAUAGUCUGGUUGAUCGGCAUAUGGAAGUUCGAGGGGCUGUAUUUUCUCCGGAUGGAACAGGGGGUCGUGCUUUGACCCCGCUAAGGAUGAUAAGGGGUAUCAUGUGUUUAUUGAUGUUACUUGUAUCAGCAUUUAUGAUGCUUGUGUAUUUUGGCUUUGCAAGUUCUGUUAUAAUGCGACUUUUCAGUAUACGUUAUAGCAGGAAAGCAACAUCCUUUUUCUUUGGUGCUUGGCUAGCUUUGUGGCCUUCUCUUUUUGAAAAGAUUAACAAGACCAAAGUUGUUUUUUCCGGUGAAACUGUCCCCGCAAAGGAAUGUGUUUUACUUAUUGCAAACCACAGAACAGAGGUUGACUGGAUGUACUUGUGGGACCUUGCAUGGCGGAAGGGAUGUUUGGGAUUCAUAAAGUAUGUCCUUAAGAGCAGUUUGAUGAAAUUACCUAUAUUUGGUUGGGGUUUCCACAUUUUGGAGUUCAUCCCAGUGGAGAGAAAAUGGGAGGUUGAUGGAUCAAACAUGCGCCGGGUGCUUUCAAGUUUUAAGGAUCCCAAAGAUCCCCUCUGGCUUGCUCUCUUCCCGGAAGGAACUGAUUUCACUGAUCAGAAGUGUGAACGUAGUAAAAAAUAUGCAGCUGAAAAUGGUUUGCCAAUCCUGAAUAAUGUGCUGCUCCCGAAAACAAAGGGCUUCUAUGCCUGCUUGGAAUGUCUGAGGGGCUCUAUGGAUGCAGUUUAUGAUGUGACCAUUGGUUACAAACCGCGGUGCCCAUCUUUGCUGGAUAAUGUUUUUGGUGUGAACCCUUCUGAAGUGCAUAUCCAUGUUAGGCGCAUAGCUCUUGAUGGAAUCCCGAAAUCUGAAGAGGAAGUUGCAGCUUGGUUAAUGAAUACGUUCCAACUAAAGGACCAAUUACUUUCCAAUUUUUAUUCCCAAGGCCAUUUCCCCCAUCAAGGUACAGAAGGGGGGCUCUCGACUCUGAAGUGCUUUGUAAAUUUUUUGGCCCUAAUACUGUUGAUUAGCAUAUCUGUUCCAGGAGAAGAGGAAGAUUGCAUAGAUGCAUAACCAGAGCUACCUGCUACAAGGGCGGGUGGUGCUAGCCGCGACCUUGUAGUUUCUCUAGUUUGCCGUGGGUCUAAAAGCUCCAUUUAGCAAAUUAGAAGGAGAUGCCUGCAAUUUAAUGAAGCACCCCUUGAGUUUUAGGAGACUACACAGUGGCCUGUGGAGAAGCAGCGCACUUCUUUGACAAUGGUGCUUGCCCACCCUUUCUUGGAACCUUAGCUGCUUGGGGCAGGACUUGAAACUAACAUGGUUAAAUAUUAAAAACAUCCACGUCGUCAAAGCAUGAUAGAGAGAUAUCUGAUCCUGUGACGAAAGAGUCAUCCUUGCUUACCGCCGCAUUUUUACUUGUAUUCAAAGCACAGGAUUUGAUUUUCCACCUUUACUUAAAUUAGAACUAUCAAAUCCCAAUCUUCUUUUGUAUCACAAGUCUAAAUCUUCUACAUCGACUACUUGGACAUCCCGAUAAGGAUACCUUCUGAUUGUUAGAAGUCCAUUUAGCAGAACCAUCCAGCAAGAGCUAACAUCAGUUUUCUAAAUCUAUCCUGUUUGUGUC